AUGUUGCUGUUUCCAUUCCCUACCAUAUUAAAAUGCUCAAUUAAAAGGAACAUUUGGAUAAAAUUAAUAAACAGAAAAACAAAAGAAGGAAAAUACUGUGAACCAUCAAAAAACAGUUGUGUUUGCUCCAACCAUUUUGUUGACCAAGAACCAAGCAUAGAAUUUCCUAACCCAACUUUAAAUCUUGGAUAUAAUGCAACUGAAAAAUCUGAGAUGCUUUUAUCUACAGGUGAAAAAAGAAUUAUAAACUAUCAAAAUGAACCAAAUAACUCUAAGGAAGUAAAAUGUUUUGCUGAUUUAAGUGCAUCUAAAAGAAUGUUUCAUAAACUUCAUGAAAAAAUUUCAUCAAAGAGACAUUAUCGUCAAAGGGAUAAGAGCAAAGAAAGGCGUAAUUUUCAAUCAACACCAGAAAAAAUGGGACCACCAAGAAAAUUGGUUUCACAAGAUGAAAUGCUUUUAUGUUUAAUGAAACUCCGACUGGGGUUACUAACAACAGACUUAUCAGACCGCUUUGGUAUUUCAGAAGGAUUAUGCAGCAGUAUUUUCAAAUCUUGGUUGAAGGCCUUAGCAGAGUAUUUAAAAUGUUUUCUUUAUGCACCAAACCUUGGAACAAUAAUUGCAACAACACCUGAAAGAUUUCAUCAGUUUAAAAACUUAUUUGCUAUUAUUGAUUGUUCAGAAAUAUUCAUAGAGACACCAAAAGACUUAGAACUUCAGAGUGCAACUCGGUCUGAAUAUAAGCAUCAUAACACCUUAAAGUUUCUGAUUGGUGUUGCACCAAAUUCAAGUAUUAUAUUUGUGUCAAAAGCAUUUACAGGUCGAAUUAAAUGUGUUGCAAGAAAAAAUUAUUUUCUAACUCCACCUGGUCGUAGAGGCACCUCACAAAUGAUAGCAAGUGAUGUAAGCAAAACUAGUGCUAUUGCUAAAGUUAGAAUAUUAGUUGAACAAGUUAUAAGAAGUCAAAAAAUUUUAGCUUUUACCCAUCCUAUUCCACAUACUUUAUUUUUAAGUUUAUUGGGUAUUUUUGAAUAG